AUGCCAGGCCGCAUGACAGGUCGCAUGUCAGGCCGAGUGGCAGGCCAAGUGGCAGGCCGAACGAUGUGCAGCAACGUGUUCGAUGUACUGUGUACUGUGAUCGUUGUACAAGCUGUUGGACAUCAGUGCGAACGAGGAGAGACGGAUGAUGAGGGCAUCGAGAGGGACUCGGGCGACUCGGAGGAAGAGCUCGACCGGGCUGCCAACUUCACCAUGGCGGACGCGCUGCAGGUGUGCGAGAGCCGGCUAACGAGCAGCGGCAUGGAGGUGACCGUCUGCGAGCACUACAGGGCCGUGGUGAGGGCGCUGGUGGCCGAGGCGCUGGACCUGGUCUCGUUCCUGCAGAAGGUCGCCCUCGGGAACAAAUUCGCGCCGCACCCGUCGGAUCUGCUGAGCUCCGAGAGGGACCUUCAGGAACUCCAGCGGGAUGACUGGGCUCGCCUAUGGAUCCAGGUGAUGCGUCAGCUGCGGGAGGGAGUCAAGCUGAAGAAAGUGGAGUACUCUUAUGCCCCCAUAGAGUAUGCUCUCACCCCUUACGAGAUGCUGAUGGAAGACAUACGGUCGCGCAGAUACACCCUAAACAAAGUUAUGGUUAAUGGUGACAUUCCUCCUCGGGUCAAGAAAGACGCACACACCAUUAUCCUGGACUUCAUCAGGUCACGUCCACCUCUCAGAAAGGCAUCCGAGCGGAAGCUGUUGCCGCCCCCAAGAAAGAUCUCAUCUCCAAUGGAACUGCUGAUGGAGAGCAUCAGGAAGGACCACAACCUCAAACACGUCUCAACACCCACAAGAGCCAGACCCAUGUCGAUGGUGGAGACGUCCCGGCCUUUGGUCCUGAACGACCCGACGCCCAAGCCGCGGCGGAAGCUCAUCCAGGCGCCCAGGUUCAAUCUGUCCGCGGAGGACGAGGACGACGAUGACCUGAGCGACAUCCCGCCCUCGAGCCCGCGCCUGGGACACACGCCCCUCAUCAAGGCUACCUCCCCCCGCAGUCCUUCGCCCAACAACUCCCUUUCGCCGCCCACGUCACCAUGGUCGCGCAUGGCGUUCGACCUGGCCAAGUACGGCAGCACGGGCACCCCAGAGCGACGGCACUCCAUCACCCUGUGCGAGACGCCCUCCCAGGCUCGCCCCUCCUCCAACUCCAUCACCCCGCCCUCGUCCAUGCCCCAGUCCACCAACUCGUCGGCGCCCAUGUCCCCCGCCCACCAGGACUUCAUCCCCUCCACGUCGCAGACGCAGAGGGACUUCCUGUCGUCGGCACACUUCUCGUCCCGGCUCGACUGCCUGGCCCUCACCCUGGAGGAGGUGGUUCACAUCCGCAACGUCCUGACGAAGGCCGACCUGGAAGCCCUGCCCCUCGACCUGUCCAUCAAGGAGGACAUGGCCAAGGGCAAGAUCUGCUUCCUGUGCAUGAAGACGCGCUUCGGUUUCUUCGGCCCAAGAGGACAGGAUUGCAGACUUUGCAAGAGAACAGUGUGCAAGAAGUGUGUUACUAAGAUGCGCAUCCCCACCGAGCACUUUUCAAACAUCCCUGUGCAGAUGCUGACCCCACAGGCGCUGUCCCCGCGAGAGGAGGACGAAGACAUGUCUCUGCCUCGCUCCAUUUUGUCGAGACUUACGUUUAACAUCUCUGAACACAUCGUAAAACGCAUUCAGGUAACAGAGCACGAAGAGAGCGUAAGUCACUCGGCAAGCACUCACAUCCUGCCUCAGGACCUACAGCUGCCAGGGAACAGCACAGGCAGUGGGAACGCAGAACGACGUAGCAGCGUCAGUGGCAGUGUGGGGUCGGCACCUUCCUCACCAACCCUCACAAGAGCUGUCGAGGGACCUGCCUCGCUGCCUGCACAGUCACCUGCACCAUAUGUCAAUGAAGCCAUCAAGAAGCCAAAGCUGGUGAGGUCUCAGACUCUCGGUGUCGCUGAAAGUAAAACUGCCAGGCAACGCCUUUUAGCCCAGAAACAGAAACAGCGCUCGCGGACCACCCAGGCGGAGGAGAGGCUGCGAGGGGAACUGAUGAUCGUGUGCGGUGACUGCAAGGCAAUGGUCCUGCACAUCCUGGCUUCUAUCAAGGUUCGGAGGGAGCAACAGCAGGGGACCUCCAGUCAGCACGAGUCUCCGCGCCAUCACCUGCACCUCAAUCUUCACCCUGUUUACAACUAAUUUCAAGCAUUCACAGAAGAAGGUGAAAGAUCAAUGCAGAUUGAGAACAAAGAAGAAGAAGAUGAUGAAAUAAGAAGACAUUGAUACCACAAGAAACAAUGUCAGAUUAUUCAAAGAUCCUUCAAGUUAAAAAGAAAAAAAUACGAAAAACAAGACAAAAGGAAAAAAAAAAGACGAAAGACAGAAAAACCAAUUCUGAUCGUCUAUAAAGUGUACCCAUUAUCCUCUUUGAUGACAAUGAAGAUAAUUAUUUAAGCAUGUUUAGAGAUAACAACAAACUACAACAACAAGAGUAACAAAGACAGGAUCACUACCCUCGGAGCCUAGUCCCAGUCCUCAGCAUGUCUACUCUCUGUUCAUGGGUGCUGUCAUCGGGCUUGAGGCAUCCUGUUCGAGUACAUGAUUACAUGAUUGCAUAAGCUGUGCUAUUUUUUUUUUUUUUUUCUUUUCUUUUCUUUUUUCAUCAUUCUUUUUUUUUUUAAACCUUUUUUCCCCAUGGUAUUGUAGUUUUUUUCAUUAUGUCUCUCAACUCUUUAGGCUUCCUACUUGAAAUUGCUUUUUUUAAAUUUUUACUUUAUUUUAUUUUAUUUUAUUUUUUCUUAGAUAACCAUCCACUUUUUUCCAGUCCUGUUUUUUGCCUUAAAUGCAAAAUUCCCUUUUCUUUAAUCAGUUUCAUUUAGCAUUUUUCUCAGAGUGAAACCACCCUUCCCUUUGAUAAUACACAGGUAUUCUCCAUUCACAAUUUUUAUGUUAUAUCAGAAGCACACACAAAUAAGAGAAAAGGGAAACAAGUCCUGUAAUUAGGUGCAUUUUGUAAGCUUUCCCGAUAUUCCUGUUUUACGUAGCUUACAAACAAACCUCAUCUCUUCCCACGUCAUCCAAGACUACAUCCUCUUAAAAGAGAUUAAAGAGAUUUCAUGAUCCUCUAAGAGAAAGGAGACUGUUUUUUAUCAUUAAGAAAGGAAAACGAAGAGAAAAGAAGGGCGAUAUUAAUAAUCAUAAUCAGCCCUUUCCUCUUGCCAGGAAAACAGAUCAUGAUAUUUCUUGCUCCCCAUGUAGCUCCCUUUGCUUGCCAUAUCAUAUCUAUGGAUUACAACAGACUUGUUUUUAUUCCUAUGCUCUACAGUGUAGUAUUGUGUGUAAGUGGUUAUGUAGAUAUUCAGUGGUUGGCGAAUAUGCGGCAGUUGGACUUACGGGCGUGAUUGACGCUGGGUUGCUUAAGGAGCUGGUAAUGACGGGGAAAAGUUAUUUCACUGGCUAAUUCUUCUGGCUUAAAAAGACAUUUUUUUGUGCAGUUAGUUGUUUAGGUAAAAGACAUGUAGCACAGGUUAACGAGAAAUUUGGUUCCAUAUUUGUUAAAUUGUUUGAUGAUUUUUGCGGUUAUGUAGAAAAAAAAUAUUUCUUGAGCAAUGUUUUCUAUUUUGUUUUCAUGCUUUCUUUUUUUUUUUUUCUUUUUUUUUUUAACUUCUUUUCCAUAAGUUAACAGGGUGCUAAGAGUCAGUACCAAUAAGAGCACAUCUUUCACAAAGAAAGAUGUGUGCUUGGUAUGGGCACAAAGUUCAGUGGUAGAAUGCUUCAUUGAGACAUGGCUUUUCACAGUUAAUUUUUUUU